AUGUAAAAAAGUUUUGCUAAAAAAUACAAAAAAUAUUGCCGUAUUUUCGACCGAAAGUAAUUCGUCGCAAUUUUGUGUGCUGCUGCCGGCUACCGACUUGUGUUUGCCUGUCGUGCUGUUGAGUGUGAUGUUGAAAAAUUUCGCUAGGUUUUGUUGAAGACAAGAAGAAGUGUUGCGCAAAACAGUGCGGUGUUCCGCAGGAUUUGAGCAAGAAAACAGCUAACUACGAAAGAAUCUAUGUACUAAUGUCGUGGCUUAAGCUCAACGAUAGUUUGAGUAAGGUGAAGGGCCAAAUCACGAGCUUCGCGCAGGAAGUGUUAGCCGAAGGUAUCGUGAAUGAAUCGGAACAGCAGGACGAAGCUGCUGGGCGGUUCAAUCCGAUUGUGGAGCUCGACCAAGCCCAGGAGAAAGUUAAACAGCUAACGGGACUUUGUGCGACUCAGGAUCAGGAGAUUGCAACACUGCGCAAGCAAAUUGCUGAAUAUCAACAACAACUACAGUGCCAACGUCAAUCGCCGAAGCCGCCAACCGAACUUCCUGCGUCGGGUUCCAAGUUGCUCGACCAGCAUGGCGCAUCAUCGUCCGCCGCGGUUGGUGGCUCUGCUGCUGCUGCGUCCGCCCUAGAGGACAGUUGGUUCUGGGAUCCCGAACAAAAUGUCUCAUCCACAUCAUCUUCGUCGAAGAAGGGUGACGAAAACGAUUCGCCCCAUUCGGGAGCCGAUUUGACGCUGACCACCAUUCCGCUGGAGGCACCGGCCACCGAAGGGGAAAUCAUCGAGCGGCUGCACCGGCAGUUGGCCGACCGGCGCCAGCAGUUGAAGAAACAACAGCUGGAGAAUGCACUGCUCGCGGAGAAGCUGACACAGGUGACCAAUGAAAAUCGCGAACUAAACGAGAACAUCGAGGAACUCGAUCGGCAGCACGAGCUGGUAGUGGAAAAUCUGCUGACGGUUAAAAAAGGACUGCAGGAGAAAUGUAUACAGCUAGAGGAGGAGUUGCGGGUGAAACAGGGCGAGGCAAGCGUGGCCCAGGAGUUGGAUGAACUGAGAAAGAAACAUAAACUGCUAGAGCAGAGCUACGGUCAGUCAUGCCACGAAGGUGUUCGGAUGAAAACCGAACUGGAAAGGAUUGUUGUCGAUAACGUGGAUACGGUUGGUGCGUUAGAAAAUGAGAUUGACCAACUUAAAAAAAGCCUUCAAGUGGUAGAGGACAGACUGCAUGAUUCCAUCGAUGCAGCAGAUCAAAAAAUCAACACCCUCACAGUGGAAAAAUCCGACCUGGAAGAGCGGUUUUCAAUGCUACGUGAUGAAGCUGACACCUUCAAAAAUAAACUCCAAGAGGCGGAAAACAAAUGUGAAAAUUUCCACAAAUUGGAAGCCGAUUAUGACAACCUAAAGGAUGAGUUGGAUGAGUUGAGGCAAAAAGCGGAGAACGAUGCUUUCGUUGCUCUGCAGAAGGAAGAUCAAGCAGACCUGGAAGAGUUGCGCAAAAACUUCCAAGAGCAGCAGAACGAGGUCGAGCGAUGGAAAUCUGACUGCGACCGUUUGCAGGAAGAUAAUCUGAUUCUGCAGAGAAACGAGGAAGGUUUGCAAACGAAACUUGCCCUGCUGCAGUCUCGAUUGAGAGAACAGGAGGAACGGCAAUCAACGGACGAGCAGCAGAUAAAGCAGCUACAGCGCGAAGUCAACGAGUUACAGAAUGAACUGCGAAGCGUGAUUAUAGACAAUUCCGUUCAACUGGAUGCCAAGGAGAAGGAAUGGCAGGAGAGAUUAAACUUUUUGAAAGAGGAAAACUGUCGAAUUCUGCACAGUAAGGACACUCUGGAGGCCGAUCUGAUGCAGUACGAAAAAGAAUGCGCCAAUUUGAUGAAGAACAACGAUUUGCUGAUUGCCGAAAUUGACAAUCUCAAAAGUAAGAAGUUGGAAACAAUCAACGAAAAUGCCGAGGAUAGUAUUGUGAUUCUGGAGAAACAGUUAGAAGAUUGCAGUAUGCUAAACAAAAACCUAGAAGAUGAGUAUCAAGAAGUCAACAAAAAGCUGGAGGAAGUUCUGGAGGAAAGAGAAGAACUAGAUUCCAAAGUCGAGAGCCUACAAAAAACGUUGAAAGAACGAACUCAAACCAUCAACGAUCUACGGUUGAACGUGGAAUCACUUGAAAACGAAAAAUCCAACCUGAGAUUUGAGAUUACCGAAGCGCAAACCAGGUCUACUCAACUGGAUGUUGGCGAGCAACUUGCAGCUUCCAGAGCCGAAGCGGAGUCUCUCCAAGCUCAGUUGACAACCAUCAACGAAGAUCAUGCUAGUCUUGUACUGAAAUUACAGCAAUUGCAGCAAACAUCGGUAGAGAAUGUUAAAUUAUGGGAAACGAAAGUAUCCGAAAUGGAAGCUGCGCUUCUAGCAAAAGAAUCUGUGAUUAAACAGCUACGGGAAGAAUUGCAAAAUAAGGUAGAGGAAAUAAUGGAAAUUAAAGAUUCGAGUGAAAAGUCGUCGGAGGAUAGGAUAAAGUUGAUUCAAGAUCGAUUAUCAGCCGAGUCACAAAAGUCUACCAUUUUGGCCACCGAAAAAGAUGAAAUUGAAAACCGGUUGAAAUUAAAGUUGGAUGAAAUAAAUCAACUACGAAUCGAUUAUGAACAACUGUCACAAACCACUAGUGACAAGUUGGCAGAACAACAGUCUAGCAUCGAUACCCUAACGCAGCAGAAGGAUGACCUGGUUCAGCUGAUAACCGUAAAGCACAACGAAAGCGUCCAGUAUCACGCGGAAAUCCAACGGCUAAGCCAGCUGUUGCAAAAGGAACCGGCAGUGCCGUCCGAGUGCCAACAGUGUGCCACGCUACGCGAACGUAUCGUCUCACUGGAAGCCCAAACCGGAAAACUGGAGGACUUUGAUCGAAUGACCGAUCAGAUUCAGUUUUUGCGGGAGAAAUCCGACAUUCUGACGAACAAUCUUCUGAUCGAACAGAACAAUCAAAAGCUGGUACAGCAGGAAAAGCACGAUUUGAUCGAGCAGAAGAAUAGCCUGGCGCGCGAUUUGGAACGAUUGCGGCACCAUCUGUUGGAGAUCGAGGAAGCACACACACAGGAAACGGUCGAACUGCAGCAGCGGUAUGACGAAACGCGCCUCAAACUGCAGACCCUGGAGGAAGAGGUUAAAAACUCGACUAACGCACUGACGUCGGCGAGCAUCCGGGCAAGUCAGCACGCUGAAACACUCCAGACCCAGUAUCACCUGCUGCAGCAGCAACGGGACGAACUGGUUGCCAAGUUGAACGCUGCCGACGAUCGAGAUCAGCGGAAUUUGGCUUCGCUGACGAACUUGCAGUGCGCGUUGGAGCAGUUCCAGAUAAAUAAGGAUCGUGAUAUCGAAUUGGCAACCACUGCCAUUCGCAGGGAGGUGGAACAAGCACAAGCGCGGGAAAAUGCCCUCAAAGCGGACAUCCGACAGCUGCAGCAUCAGUUAGGUGAUGCAAAGAAUGGUCUGCUAGCCGCUGCUAGAAUAUCCGAUCAGUUGGAAAUUGCCCAAGUCACCGUUGCGACGCUGAAAGACGAGUUGGCCAGAAAUAACGAAAAGUAUCAAACCCUUGAGGGUCGACUGCUGGCUACGGAAGCCAGCCAAGCAGACAAGGUGGAAAAGACACUGGUGAAAAACUUGGUUAUCGGUUACAUCGUAGCACCCAACCAGAAUGACAAGCAUCAAAUUUUGAAGCUCAUAUCGGCCGUACUCACCAUGGACCAAACCGAGUGCGUCAAAAUCGGCCUCAACCGUACCGGUGGUGGAUGGUUUAACAGCAUUCUUGGCAGUGGCCCCUCUCCACAGUCUGUCAACAACUACAAUAAAGAAAGUCUGACGGAGGCCUUCGUCAAAUUUCUCGAGAAAGAGUCCACACCCCGGCAGACGCACUCGGCCGGUUCCGGUUUGCUCAACAUAAUGACCCACGAGCGCCAACCGACGGCGACUUCGUCCAGCAGGAUCAAUACGCCCGUGCCGCAGCAACCGUCACUGCAACAGACUACAGAUCAGAACCUAAAUCCGGUGCCGGUGACAACCAGCGCCACCGUGGUGCAGCCAGUGCAACCGAUUCUGCUGGGAGAAGCUUCUCUUUUGCAGCAGGCAGGCUUUCAGCCUGCGCGAAGUUCCAGUUCCAUCCUGAAGGACAUACUCAGCGAUUCCUGAUGCGAGCUUUGAGCAACGUGUUAGAUAUAAAUAGUAAGGUACGUUUACAAUGCACGUUCUGCCGCCGUUCGCUAGUCGCCACCGUUUGUACAUACAAACUAAUCCAUGCCAUGCCAUGCUGUGCUGUAUGGUUGGUGUAUUGAUAAUUUAGACUGGUUUUGUCGGAGUUAUCAAAUGACUCGUUUUAACAUUGUUUUUUUUACGUUUUUUUUUGUGCAAUCAAGCGAAACGCCACACAGAAAGCAAAAGUAUAAGUACUACAUGUCUAUUGUAAAUUUUACUGGACGAUAAAAACCGGCGAACAUGACCUAUAUGAUGUUUCGACCCCUAAAUUAUACCGCAUGAAGAAGAUUAUUAUGAUUAAAAUCGCUAAGCUGUUUCGAACAAUA